UAGCUGAAGGUUUGUUAUGAUGGUGCGGCUGCGCGGUUCGGCCCGGUCCCGCCGCGCUCCGUGGAGGUGUGUGCGGCGUGUCGCGGUGGGCGGCUCCCCGUGAAGCGCAGCCUCCUCUCUGGCCACUCCCGGCCAGCGCGCCGCCUCCGCCGCGCCGCCUCAGUGCGCCUCGGCCGCUGCUCCUGUACGCAUCUGUCCUCCGCGGUCCCGGUUCUGGAUGAAGGCAUGUAGGACGGGCUGUGGCGCUCCGAGCAGCAUGUAGCACCUGGGGCUGCGCGCACAUCGCCUCUUCGUCCUCCUCCUCUUCCUCUCGGCUCUGCGGGCUGCGCGCCUCCCGGAGCGAUCGUUCCUCCGGUCGGCGUCGCCUUCAGCGGGAUUUUUCGGGGCUCCUGUCGGGGGUGGGUGGGGGGGUUCGGCGCUCCGGCCUGGUGAAGAGGAGAAGAGGAGCGAGCCUUCAUCACCUCCCGGUCGAUGGUCGUUGAGGAAGCUUCCAUCUUGAGUCGCGCUUCUACCGACGGAACCAUGGCGAGCGACUCCCCGGCGCGGAGUCUGGAUGAGAUAGACCUGUCUGCACUACGGGACCCGGCUGGGAUCUUUGAGCUGGUCGAACUGGUUGGAAACGGCACCUAUGGGCAGGUCUACAAGGGUCGCCAUGUCAAAACAGGCCAGCUUGCUGCCAUCAAGGUCAUGGACGUCACCGGCGAUGAGGAAGAGGAGAUUAAAGCUGAGAUUAACAUGCUGAAGAAGUACAGUCACCACAGGAACAUUGCAACCUAUUAUGGCGCCUUCAUCAAGAAGAACCCUCCAGGAAUGGACGACCAGCUUUGGCUGGUGAUGGAGUUCUGUGGAGCCGGAUCUGUGACGGACCUGAUCAAAAACACCAAAGGGAACUCCCUGAAGGAGGAGUGGAUCGCCUACAUCUGCAGGGAGAUCCUCAGGGGAUUAACUCACCUCCACCAGCACAAAGUCAUCCACAGAGACAUAAAGGGGCAGAACGUGCUGCUGACGGAAAACGCAGAGGUUAAGCUGGUGGACUUUGGUGUGAGCGCCCAGCUGGACCGGACGGUGGGGCGAAGGAACACGUUCAUCGGGACGCCGUACUGGAUGGCCCCGGAGGUCAUCGCCUGCGAUGAGAACCCGGACGCCACGUACGACUUCAAGAGUGAUCUGUGGUCGCUCGGCAUCACAGCCAUAGAGAUGGCAGAGGGAGCUCCACCUCUGUGUGACAUGCAUCCGAUGAGAGCGCUCUUCCUCAUCCCCAGAAACCCGGCGCCGAGGCUCAAGUCAAAGAAGUGGUCCAAGAAGUUCCAGUCGUUCAUCGAGAGCUGCCUGGUGAAGAGCCACAGCCAGCGGCCGAGCACCGAGCAGCUGCUGAAGCACCCCUACAUCAGAGACCUGCCCAACGAGCGGCAGGUCCGAAUCCAGCUGAAGGACCACAUCGACCGGACCAAGAAGAGGCGGGGAGAGAGAGAUGAGACGGAGUAUGAGUACAGCGGGAGCGAGGAAGAGGAUGAAGAGCGGGACAUCGGAGAGCCCAGCUCAAUCAUCAACAUUCCCGGAGAGUCGACUCUGAGGCGGGACUUCCUGCGCCUCCAGCUGGCCAAUAAGGAGCGCUCGGAGCUGAUCCGGCGCCAGCAGCUGGAGCAGCAGCAGAACGAGGAGCACAAGCGCCAACUACUGGCUGAGAGGCAGAAACGCAUCGAGGAGCAGAAGGAGCAGCGGCGGCGGCUGGAGGAGCAGCAGCGCCGGGAGCGGGAGCUGAGGAAGCAGCAGGAGCGGGACCAAAGGAGGCGCUACGAGGAGAUGGAGCAGCUCCGCCGGGAGGAGGAGAGGAGGCACGCAGAGAGAGAGCAGGAGUACAAGAGGAAGCAGAUCGAGGAGCAGCGGCAGGCGGAGCGGCUGCAGCGCCAGCUGCAGCAGGAGCGCGCCUACCUGGUGUCGCUGCAGCAGCAGCAGGAGCCGCCGCGGCCGCCGCAGGACAAGAAGCAGCUGUACCACUACAAGGACCAGGCGCCGAGCAGCAACGACAAACCCGCCUGGGCCAAAGAGGUGAUGCGCCGCGCUCAGAGCAACUCGCCUCGCAUCCCGGCCAAGAAGUACCACUCCUUCAUGGAGACGCGGGACGUCAACAUGGACAACCUGCUGCUGUUGCCGGGUUACCGGCCGCCCAGGCCCCGCCCCCCGUCCUACCCGGUCCACGUCAGCCCGACCAGGGACCACCCGAACCAGCCCAGGAUCCGGAUCACCUGCCUGCCCGAGCCGAAGCCGGAGCCGGCCGUGCGGGGCCAGAGUCCCACACGGCCGGACUCCAGGGGCCGGAGCCCCGCCCGCCGGGUGGAGGAGCAUUAUAAGAUGAACAGACAGGAUUCUCCUGCGUUGCAGCAUAAAGUCUCCAACCGGAUCUCCGACCCGGCCCUGCCCCCCCGAUCCGAGUCCUUCAGCAGCGGAGGGAUCCAGCAGGCCAGGACGCCGCCCAUGCACCGCUCCGUAGAGCCACAGAUGGCUCACCUGGUCCAGGUAAAGAGUCACGGCCUGUCGGGCUCCCAGUCCCUGUACGACCCCCACGGCGUGUCCUCCGCCUCCGCCUCGCCCUCCCCCUCCCGGCCCCCCAUGCCCCGGCAGAACUCCGACCCCACGUCCGACACCCCCCCUCCCCCGCCGCUGUCCCGCCUGGCGCCCCCCCUCGACAAGCUGGACCGCAGCUCCUGGCUGCGGCAGGACGACGACAUGCCGCCCAAGGUUCCUCAGCGGACCACCUCCAUCUCCCCGGCUCUGGUCCGGAAGAACUCUCCAGGAAACGGACCGGGCCUCGGCCCGCGGGCCGGAGCGCACCUCAUCCGGGCCAGCAACCCUGACCUGAGGCGGACCGACAUCUCCAUGGAAACGCCUCUGAAGAGGACGAGCAGCGGCAGCUCCUCCAGCUCCAGCACCCCGAGCUCCCAGGGAGGCUCCAACGAGAGAGGUAACUCUACUGCUAAAACCGACGGCUCCACGCUUUCCUCCCACGACGCCAAAGACGACAGCAGAGAGCUGACCCGGCCCAGCCGGCCCGCGAGUUAUAAGAAAGCUUUAGACGAGGACCUGACGGCUCUGGCCAAAGAGCUGAGAGAGCUGCGGCAGGGAGAGGAGACCAGCCGUCCGCCGGUCAAGGUCACGGACUACUCUUCAUCCAGCGAGGAGUCGCACAGCAGCGAGGAUGAGGAGGGAGAGGGCGGGGCUAAUGAUGGAUCGGUGGCCGUUAGCGACAUACCGCGGAUUAUGCCUCCGGCGAGUCAGAGCACCAACGAGUCCUUCGGCGUGAUGGGAGGUCAUAACGACGCCCACGGUGACCCGUACGGAGACGGCACGCAGGACAGCACGCUCAUGAUGCGGGAGUACGGGAUGGGAGGCAGCGGCGGCUCCAAGGCGUCCUUCACCCCGUUCGUUGACCCCCGGGUGUACGGGACCUCGCCGACCGAAGACGAUGAGAAAAACUCUGCUGCAGCGCUGUUUGCUGAUGAGCUGCUGAAACAGGAGCAGGAGCAGGCGAGGCUCAACGAGGCCCGGAAGAUCUCGGUGGUCAACGUGAACCCGACGAACAUCCGGCCGCACAGCGACACGCCUGAGAUCAGGAAAUACAAGAAGCGCUUCAACUCUGAGAUCCUCUGCGCUGCUCUGUGGGGAGUGAAUCUGCUGGUGGGGACAGAAAACGGCCUAAUGCUGCUGGACCGAAGCGGCCAGGGAAAAGUUUACAACCUGAUUAACCGAAGGCGCUUCCAGCAGAUGGACGUCCUGGAGGGACUCAACGUCCUGGUCACCAUCUCAGGGAAGAAGAACAAGCUGCGAGUUUACUACCUGUCCUGGCUGAGGAACAGGAUAUUACACAACGAUCCGGAGGUGGAGAAGAAGCAGGGCUGGAUCACAGUGGGGGAGCUGGAGGGCUGCGUCCACUAUGAAGUCGUGAAAUACGAGAGGAUUAAAUUCCUGGUGAUCGCUCUGAAAAACUCAGUGGAAAUCUACGCCUGGGCACCAAAACCUUACCAUAAAUUUAUGGCCUUUAAGUCUUUCACCGAUCUGCAACAUCGCCCCCUGCUGGUGGAUUUAACUGUGGAGGAGGGCCAAAGGUUAAAGGUCAUCUAUGGCUCCACUGUAGGUUUCCAUGUGAUUGAUGUGGAUUCUGGAAACCCUUAUGACAUCUACAUCCCCUCACAUAUCCAGGGUCAGGUGACCCCGCACGCCAUCGUGGUCCUGCCCAAGACGGACGGCAUGGAGAUGCUGCUGUGCUACGAGGACGAGGGCGUCUACGUCAACACCUACGGCCGAAUCACCAAAGACGUGGUGCUGCAGUGGGGCGAGAUGCCCACAUCCGUCGCCUACAUCCACUCCAACCAGAUCAUGGGCUGGGGGGAGAAGGCCAUCGAGAUCCGCUCCGUGGAGACGGGACACCUCGACGGCGUUUUCAUGCACAAACGAGCUCAGCGCCUCAAGUUCUUGACAGAGAGAAACGACAAAGUUUUCUUCGCCUCGGUCCGCUCUGGAGGCAGCAGCCAGGUUUUCUUCAUGACCCUGAACAGAAGCUCCAUGAUGAACUGGUAACCUGCCCCGCCCCCCACUGGGAGCCACGCCCCUUCGUCGGAGGGACGAUGGAGGACGGUGUUUGUGCGUGUUUAUAUGUAUGUGUGUACUCAUGGACGACGACAACAACAAGCUGCUGACUGGACUGCACAUCUGGAGGAGGUGCUAAACCACAGCAGAGUGUCCCUACUUAGACAUCCUCAUGCUGUAGGGGGCGCUGCAGGUCCUGUGGUUGGUGUGACAACCUGCAGAGCGAAGGUGACCCCACAAGGUCGGCGCUUUGGCCUGCUGGGCCGGACUGAGGGUGGAUCUGGAGCCUUUAAGGACCUGACCAGUAGCCUUUGAGUGGGGAAGCUCUUUGUGUAGCACAUCAGUGACUUUCAUCCAGGGUGUUCACACUGCGAGUACACAGGCCUGCCUGCUGCAGCAAAACCCCACGGCUGUAGUUUAGUGAGUAAACAAAGUAGCAUUAGACAAAAAAACACCUGAGGAUGAGAUCAUAAAUGCACACAAUUUUACGAUUGUUUUCAUCUCACAAAGCCAGGAUGAUUCAUUAUUUCUGUUUUAUUAGAUUCUGUCUGAAUUGCUGACAUGUGAGAGCAGAAACUGCUGGGAGAGAAAAUGCUUUUUGUUUCACUUUUAGGAUUAGAUUAGAAAUGCACAACUUUAAGAAGCAACAAACAAAACGCACCAGAAUAUGAAAUGAUUUGGAUUCUGGGCGCCUCCUCAUCAAAUCUGACCAUCUUAAAGGGACAGUGACAGAAAAUCUUCGACCAUAACACAAAAAGAACGUCGCAACAUUUCACUGUUUCAGCCAUCACCGAUUAUAAAAAACCUGCAGCAAACUUUCAAUCUGAACUCUGCAAAAACACAAAGUCUAGUUUCUAGUGCAAAUAUCUUAGUAAACCUGUAAUAAUACAAAACCAACUUACAA